AUGACGACCCUGACGAAGGUGGCCAACCCCCUCCCCGCGGCCAUAUUUCCAGGAACCCAACCCACAAAAUCGUGUUAUAUCUGGGUGGGUCCGGGUGCAGUGUCCCGCGGCGGUGCUGACGGUCCUUAUCCUGAUCCAGAUACCAUCAAACCGGCUCAACGUGUAAACACAAGCCGUUCCGAGGGUUCUGUCCUCAAGGCGGCCAAAUCUAUCGAGAAGGCGGCCACUUCUAUGUUCGUGUUGAGUACCACUCGACCUACGGUCAACAAUCAUUCUGGCGAUCGCGCUCAAUCCCGCCCUGAAUCUCAGCCUCGCGCCCCUCAAUUUCCUAAGCUCUCCCGCCAAGCCACGGUUGGUCGAAACUCCAGGUUCAGCAACAUGACUGAGGAUGAUCGCGAGAUUCUCGGCGGCGUCGAAUAUCGCGCUCUGAAGCUGCUAUUCAAGUUUGUCAUUGGUAGCGUCACCUGCUAG